GCACUUCCGGCGGCCCCAGCCCCAGCACACCUCCCCCAGAGCUCCCGUUGCUGAAGGGGCGGCGGCGGUCUUAAGUAGCCUCGCGAAGUAGAUGCGAGCGCGGAGCCGAACGGGGCCCAACGGCGCCGAACGGCGGAGUCGAGCGGAAACGAGCGAGCGCAGUCCAGCUGAACUGACGCGAGGCUCUGGGCCGAGCGGGACGUACCCCGGCCUAGCGGCCCAACCAACAGAGCGGGGCCGAGCUGAGCCGAGUGGAGCCGAGCUGGGUCGAAUAGGGUCGAGUGGAGCCGAGCGGGGCCGAGCCGAGCCGAGCCGAGCCGAGCCGUGCCCAGCGGGACUUAGCGGGGCGGAGCGCCGGGCCCGGGCUGUAGCCGCGGCCGCCGCCAUGAAGCGGGACCGGCUCGGUCGCUUCCUGUCUCCUGGGACGGCGGGGCAGCGCGGGGGCUCCGGCGGCGGCGGCGGCGGCGGCGCCUGUGGCAGCGGCCGGACCCGUGGCCGCCCGGCCCGCAGCGGGCCGAGCGUGGACGAGGCUGCGGCCCUGGUGGCGGCUCGGCUGGGCUGGGGCCUGGCGCGGGCCCGCGGGGACACGGGCGAGGACGGCGCCGACGAGGCAGGAACAGGCCGGGCUCUUGCCAUGGGGCACUGUCGCCUCUGCCACGGGAAGUUCUCCUCACGGAGUCUCCGCAGCAUUUCUGGCAGGGCACCUGGGGAGAGCGCAGACAGACCACCCCCAGGGGAGCGUGUUUUCAUCAGGGACUUCCAGCACCUGCUGGGGGUGGCUGUCCACCAGGACCCAGCUCUGUCUCAGUUUGUCUGCAAGAACUGCCACGCCCAGUUCUACCAGUGCCACGGCCUCCUCAAGUCCUUCCUGCAGAGAGUCAACGUCUCCCCGGCGGGCCACCGGAAGACUUGCACAAAGGUCGGUGCCCCGCCCCCGCCAGGGGCAGAGGAGGGAGCGUGUCUGGUGGACCUGAUCACUUCGAGCCCCCAGGGCCUGCGUGACUUGGUGGCCUGGGUGCACGGACACGCAGCCAGCUGCGGGGCCCUGCCUAGCCUCCAGAGGACACUGUCCUCCGAGUACUGCGGUGUUAUCCAAGCCGUGUGGGGCUGUGACCAAGGCCACGACUAUACCAUGGAUGCCGACUCCAGCUGCGGGGCUCUUUUGCUGGACAGUGCGCUGGCAGUCAAAUGGACAUGGGACAAGGAGAUGGCCCCGUGGCUCACCCAGCAUCGGGGGUCCAACCCUACUGGGGCUGCCCCUCAGAGCUCCCAGGGCAGAGCGACCACAACUCCAGCCGAGACGGAGAGCCUGCCCGGCGCGGACGCGGCCCCGCCUCCUUCAGAUGUCAACCCUGUAGGGCCUGGCCUGUGCCCCCCACCUCAGCCAAGCUUUCCCCCAAGUGGGGCCCCAGGGCGGUUGGGUGAGAAGCAGGUUCCGUCUUCAACCUCGGAUGAUCGGGUAAAAGACGAGUUCAGUGACCUUUCUGAGGGAGACAUCCUGAGUGAAGAUGAAAAUGACAAGAAGCAAAGUACCCAGUCGUCAGAUGAAUCCUUUGAACCUUACCCAGAAAAGAAGGUCUCUGGUAAAAAGAGCGAAAGCAAAGAAGCCAAGAAGGCUGAAGAACCAAAAAUGCGCAAGAAACCGGGCCCCAAGCCGGGCUGGAAGAACAAGCUUCGCUGUGAGAGGGAGGAGCUGCCCACCAUCUACAAGUGCCCUUACCAGGGCUGCACGGCCGUGUACCGCGGGGCCGACGGCAUGAAGAAGCACAUAAAGGAGCACCACGAGGAGGUCCGGGAGAGGCCGUGCCCCCACCCCGGCUGUAACAAGGUGUUCAUGAUCGAUCGCUACCUGCAGCGCCACGUGAAGCUGAUCCACACAGGUCUUAGAAAACCCAGAGCUACACGUGUGCCGGAUUCUGACCACUGCUGCUCCUCACAGAGCCGCUCUCCUGAGUUGGCAGCACCCCCUUUAAAAGACGGACACCUGGAGGUGCGGAACUAUAUCUGUGAUGAGUGUGGCCAGACCUUCAAGCAGCGGAAACACCUUCUCGUCCACCAGAUGCGCCACUCAGGAGCCAAGCCUCUGCAGUGUGAAGUCUGUGGGUUCCAGUGCCGGCAGCGGGCAUCCUUGAAGUACCACAUGACUAAACACAAGGCUGAGACCGAGCUGGAUUUUGCCUGUGACCAGUGUGGCCGGCGGUUCGAGAAGGCCCACAACCUCAAUGUGCACAUGUCCAUGGUCCACCCUCUGACGCAGACCCAGGACAAGGCCCUGCCCCUGGAGCCACCGUGCGGGACUACGGAGGGCCAGGCUGUGAAGCCUGAGCCCACCUGAACUCAGGCGGGUAAAUGGGGUUUAGACGGUUUCAAUAGUUCUUUGAGACCUGAUGGCACAGCUUCGCCCGCUGCCCUGGAGCCCCCAUGCCGUGUCCCCUCACCUGUGUGUCAGGAGGGCACUGGACAGCAGUACGGUGAAGGGGGGCUCACCGUGCAACUCCCGUAGCCUUUCCAGCGUCCGCUCUGGGACCAGCAUUUACCCACGAAACUGACCUUGGGGCCAGAUGGAUUUUAAAUCAUUGAUUCCUAUUCCCCACUAAAGCAAUCAAGGAGAUUUGUAAUCCACUUUCUAGUGCAAGAGCUCCGUGUUAUGCUCGUAAUAAAUUAUUUACAAAGGA